UCUCCUCCUGUGAUCGCCCGGGUCAGGACUCGUCUGUGUGGGUUAUUGUGGUCUCUGGGUCUCAUGAAGGUGUUUGAGAGCGGGGGGUGCUGGCUGACCCUCAGCACGGCCUCAGACAGACAGUCAGCCGCGCUCCUGGAGAAGAGACGCUGCAGUCCUUUCCCUGUGUGCUGGGCCGCAGACUAUGACAGACACCUAGCGCACAGUAAAGGCAUGGCGACAGCUUACCUGGAGCCCAACUCCAACCACACCCUGGGCGGCGGGGCCAAGGCUCGUCUCAGCGCGGGGACAGAGCGGGCCCCCGGGGCCCCGGACAGAGUCCUGAAGGUCUUCCAUCACUUUGAGAACAACAGCGAGCAGAGCACAUGGUCCAGCAACAUCCGGCACGGAGACGCCACCGACGUCAGGGGAAUCAUUCAGAAGAUCGUGGACAAUCACAAGGUCAAACACGUGGCUUGUUUCGGUCUGCGUCUCACUCACGUACUGUCGGGCGACAUCCACUGGCUCCACCCGGAUCUGGGCGUGUCCCACGUGAGGGAGAGAUACGAGCAGAACCGCCCACAGGACGAAUGGAGGUAUGAGCUGAGGAUCCGUUACCUGCCCAAGGGCUUCCUCCAACAGUUCGCUGAAGACAAACCCACUCUCAACUAUUUUUAUCAGCAGGUGAAGAAUGGCUACAUGCUGGAGACGGCGGAUCAAGUGGAUCAGGAGAUCGCGCUGAAGCUGGGGUGUCUUGAGAUCAGGAGAUUCUACAGAGAGAUGAGAGGAAAUGCUCUGGAUAAAAAAUCCAACUAUGAACUGCUAGAAAAGGACGUUGGACUACGACGGUUCUUCCCCAAAAGUUUGUUGGAAUCGGUUAAGGCCAAAACGCUGAGGAAACAGAUCCAGCAAACGUUCAAGCAGUUCGCCAACCUGAACGAGGAGCAGAGCAUACAGAAGUUCUUCGAGAUCCUGGCGCCCGUCUACAGAUUCGACAAAGAGUGCUUCGGCUGUGCUCUGGGGUCGAGUUGGGUCAUAUCAGUGGAUCUCGCUAUCGGUCCAGAGGAGGGAAUCAGUUACCUUACAGACAAAGGCUCCACGCCGACACAUCUGGCUAACUUCACGCAGGUGCAGAGCAUCCAUUACUCCUGUGUGGAGGAGAAGGAGAGGAAGGGUGUCCUACAGCUGGACGUGGCAGGGGCCGCUGAGCCUCUCACGAUCAGCACGCCGUCCUUCGCCGUGGCUGAGAACAUGGCCGACCUCAUCGAUGGAUACUGUCGCCUGCUCAGCGGCAUCAACACGUCCUUCAUCGUCCGAGCGCAGAAAGAGGGGGAAAGAGCUCUUCCAUCCAUUCCAAAACUGGCCAACAGUGAGAAACGGCUGGAGGCGGUCCGGCCAGGAGUUCGUACCAUCUCUGUUUCAGACUCGGUGGUUCAGACGCCCACCAAAGCUGCUAAAGCUCGGCGCUUUCUCCUUCCGUUUGUCCUCUGUUCCCAUGAUUCUCCUCCUAAGGAAGAUCUAAGCGGAGAUGAAACAGACGACUAUGCAGAGAUCAUAGAUGAGGAGGACACCUACACCAUGCCCUCUACCGAAUGCUUUGGAUUAUACACAGCUCAGGACUAUGAGAUCCAGCGGGACAGAAUCGAGUUGGGACGGUGUAUCGGCGAGGGCCAGUUUGGUGACGUCCAUCAAGGGGUUUACAUCAGUCCGGAGAAUCCUUCGUUAUCUGUGGCCAUCAAGACGUGUAAGAACUGCACCUCAGACAGCGUGCGCGAGAAGUUCCUGCAGGAAGCUCUGACGAUGCGGCAGUUCGACCAUCCGCACAUUGUGAAGUUGAUCGGAAUCAUCACUGAAAAUCCCGUCUGGAUCAUCAUGGAGCUGUGCACGCUUGGAGAGCUGAGGUCGCUCUUGCAAAUAAGGAAGUACAACCUGGACCUGUCCGUGCUGAUUCUGUUCUCCUAUCAGCUGAGCACAGCGCUGGCGUACCUGGAGAGCAAACGCUUCGUGCACAGGGACAUCGCUGCCAGGAACGUGUUGGUGUCUUCCACAGACUGUGUGAAACUCGGUGACUUCGGUCUCUCCAGAUACAUGGAGGACUGCUCCUAUUAUAAAGCUUCUAAAGGAAAACUUCCCAUCAAAUGGAUGGCUCCUGAAUCCAUAAACUUCCGUCGGUUUACCUCGGCCAGUGACGUCUGGAUGUUCGGUGUGUGUAUGUGGGAGAUCCUCAUGUUGGGCAUCAAGCCCUUCCAGGGUGUGAAGAAUAACGACGUGAUCGGCCGGAUAGAGAACGGCGAGAGGCUAGCGAUGCCCCAGAACUGCCCUCCGACCCUCUACAGCCUGAUGACCAAAUGCUGGGCGUACGACCCCAGCAAACGCCCGCGCUUCACCGAGCUCAAGACGCAGCUCAGCACUAUCCUGGACGAGGAGAAGGCCCAGCAGGAGGAGCGUUUCCGUAUGGAGAUGAGGAGACAGGUCACCGUGUCCUGGGACGCUGGCAGCUCAGACGAGGCUCCUCCCAAGCCCAGCAGACCUGGUUACCCGAGUCCUCGAUCCAGCGAUGGUUAUUUCCCUAGUCCUCAACACAAUCACUACCAGGGGUCUGGAUAUCCCAGUGCAGGACUCCCUCCGCAGGCAUCUGUCCUCGACCCACAUGAAGCAUGGAACCAUCACAGACAGGAGGUGCCUGUGUGGUCCCCAAACAUGGAGGAUGGGGGCGCUCUGGGGCGGAGUCACCUGAUGGAGGAGACGCUCAUCAAACAGCAGCAGCAGAUGGAGGAGGACCAGAGAUGGCUGGAGCAGGAGGAGAGCUUCCUGAAGCCAGAGUCGAGGAACUCGAGGGGAAGCAUCGACCGCGAGGACAGCGCUCUCCAAGCCCCGAUGGGGAAGCAGCACAUUUAUCAGUCCGUGGGUAAAGCAGAACAUGUGGCUCCUCCAAAGAAGCCGCCGCGUCCCGGCGCUCCGAGUCACCUGACCAACCUGAACCCCGUGGACAGCUACAACGAGGGUGUCAAGGUAUGUCAGAUCCAGCCUCAGGAGAUCAGUCCUCCUCCCACAGCAAACCUGGACCGCUCCAGUGAUAAGGUGUAUGAGAACGUGACAGGGCUGGUGAGGGCCGUGAUCGAGAUGUCCAGCCGCAUCCAGCCCGCGCCGCCCGAGGAGUACGUGCCCAUGGUGAAGGAUGUUGGACUGGCGCUCAGGACUUUACUAGCGACGGUGGACGAGACCAUCCCGGUGUUACCGGCCAGCACUCACAGAGAGAUCGAGAUGGCUCAGAAGCUGCUGAACUCAGACGUGGCGGAGCUCAUCAGUAAGAUGCGUCUGGCGCAGCAGUACGUCUUGACCAGUCUGCAGCAGGACUACAAGAAGCAGAUGCUGACCGCGGCUCACGCGCUCGCCGUCGACGCCAAGAACCUGCUAGACGUCAUCGACCAGGCUCGGCUGAAGAUGCUGGACCAUCAGCCGGACCUUCAACACAGCUCACCGUACACAAAUACACCUUCAUAAGACAGAGCAGACGAAGCGCUUUAUAUCCGCUAGCAGCAGCAUGCUUUCUUUUCUAUCCAGAAAUGAACUUUCUCAGCGCUGGAGAAUCUGCAACUGGAACCCAAUGAACUCGUUUUCCAGUGACCUAAAGGUUUCUCGACAUCACAGAUGACUUUAUAGACUUCGGUGGUCAAGGUGCUUUAACAACAUCCUCUGAGAAACUCAAACCAAACCAGAGUCAAGUUUAACAGAUCGUUUUUAAAGAAUCACAGCUAUUGUAUGAAACAGAGGGAAAUUCCAAUGCCAAUAUAGACACAUAUCUGAGCACAUACUGAUAAUUCUUAUAAUCGAAGCUGCCUUCUGAGUUCAUUUGAAGAGACGUAAUUCUGUAACUCAUGUCAUGUUGUUGUUGUUUUUUACCACACACUAGGGUUGAUGUGAGCCGGACUAGAAUGAAUUCUGUGUACAGAACAAUCGUGAAAUCCAUUUUGUCAUUGAUAUUAAUAAAUUAUUCUCAGGAAGAAGCAACUGUACAGAUCUUUUAACAAAUAAAAUGUUAUCUUUA